AUGUCGCAGACAGAGGAGUUAAGCAACUUGACUAUUUUCUGCGAGCCAGGAACUUUCCAUUACUCAAAAGAUAACAAAACUUCCUUGUAUACUGGUUGGUAUCGUGUUAAUCCAAAACUACCCCACGACUGUCCUUCUGUUCACGUUAGACUUCGAGUUUCCUCUCAAACCAGAACCCUCCAUCCAUUCGACAAGCCGCAAUUUAUACGCUUAAAUAAUGGCUUUUGUAAAUACUACUCAGUUGGGUAUUUUCCGCCCCUUUUGGUCCAUUUUACCCUACCUGCAGAGUACCCUCAUAAUGCUACGCCGACAUUUUCUCUAGAAUGCACCUGGAUCCUUACAGACCGUCUUGAGGAGAUUAUCAAACAGUUGAACACGUAUCUGGACACCAAGGAGAAAGGUGAACCCUGCUUGUGGGAAUGUUUUGACUUUCUCGAAUGGCAGCUCAUUCCUGUACUUCUUGGCCUUCCCAAAGAUGAGGACGGAAGCUACCUCUACGAUAUAGAAGAGUGUGUUCCAACUCGAAUAAUGCGCGAAUAUGCCUUGACGGUGUUGGUUGAGCAUGAUUUUGAAGAGAAGCGGAAGCGUUUUAUGGAUGAGAAAGUGGAAUGCCCUGUCUGUUUAGAGGAUAAAUUUGGCCGAGAAUGUGUACGGUUGGUUGGGUGUGGACAUAUUGCCUGCCAUGAAUGCAUGAAAACUGCUUUGGAGGCACAUAUGAAUGAAGGUAUUAUGGCUGGUGUAUUCCGAUGUAUGCAAUGCGAUAACGUUGUCGAUCUGCAAGAGGUGAAAGAAUUUACCACUCCAGAAAAGCUGCAGGCCUAUGACAACUUUCUUCUUCAACGAAGUCUUGCUCUAAUGAACGAUGUAGUCCGAUGUCCACGCCAGAAAUGCGAAAGCAUCUGCCUUAUCGACAAUGACAAUCUAGCCCGUUGUCCGGUAUGUCAGUACGCCUUCUGUCCACGAUGUCUGCGGCUGAGUCACGUUGGUCAAUCCUGUGCACCAGCUCCUGAAAUCCUAGAAGUUACCGAGCCACCUAAUCGCGAAAGUGAGAAUAAUGGAGUAAAAGAGGAGUUUAAUGGUGAGAAUCGAAAUGUGGAGGCAGAAGCACUCACCUUUAUCCGUUACGAGGAUAAGGAAAUUCCAACUUUUGAACCUACAGAAACCAAUGCAAUGCUAAUUUGGAGAUUGGCUCACGAAGGUGAUAAAAUCAGGAGACGGGAAUUGAUAGAAAAGAUAACAAAACGAGUUGGCUCCAUUUCCGAUGUAAUUGUCUCUCGCAAAUUCAAGGAUAUGAAUUUCAACAGGUGUCCUAACUGCGGCCUCUUUGUAAAUGUAAGUAUUCCUUCGUGUAAACUUUAA